AUGUUUCAGGUUAACAUUCCGAAAUCACGGAAAACCUUUUGCAAGGGUAAAAAAUGCAAGAGGCAUACCCUUCAUAAAGUUACCCAGUACAAGACAGGAAGAGCUUCCCUGUACGCCCAAGGAAAAAGAAGAUACGACAGAAAGCAGAGUGGAUACGGAGGUCAGACCAAGCCUAUUUUUAGAAAGAAGGCAAAGACCACAAAGAAAAUCACACUACGAAUGGAAUGUAUCACAUGCAAGUACAGGAAACAGUUGUCACUUAAACGCUGUAAACACUUUGAGUUGGGAGGUGACAAGAAGAGGAAGGGCCAGAUGAUCAUGUUCUAGAAGAGCAGUUCAUGGAGCCAGCACUGUUUCUUGUAAAUAAAUUAUCGGGUAGAACACCAAAAUAA